UCAGUCCAGUAUCCAGUACCGUUUUCUUCUCUGCAUCGCGCCUCGCCAGUUCGCCGCCUCCACUGCGUCGCCAGGCCACCGCGGUCCACGGCGCUUCUCCGACGUCACCGCCUGUCGACCUCCGGCUUCUGAAGUUCUGCCUCAGACCUCGACAGUCGACACCAGCCACAGCCCACAGCCACCAGGGGCAAAGGGCUAUUGGAAGGCAAAUAUAUGUUAUGCUAUAGGGAGAUACCCUAGCUUCAGCAAAUUUCCUAAAGAAUUCGGUUGUGUAUGCAACGAAUUAGGAUUUAGACAUGAGACACAGCUGGGGAAAGCUUCCACGCUGCUGCGCAAUCUCCGCCCGCCAAUCUUUCAUUUCUUCCGCAUUCUCAACUUCCUCUGGUGGCGGCGGAUGGGGCCGAGGUCGUGGAGGUGGUGGAUUUGGCUCCGACAACUCUCCCAUCUUUGGAAUUACUCCUAACAAUGAUGCGAAGGAUGAUAAGUCAGCUGCUGCCCCACAGCCACCUAGUGGAAUUGGGCACGGUCGUGGAAGCGGUAAGCCCUUCCCCUCCUCCUCAGAUCCAUUUGUGGCGGAUAAUGCUUCUGCCGCCGCCCCCGCUGGCCGCGGCCGAGGUGUUCCCGGACCAAUAUCUUCCGAUUCUCAAACCAAAGCGUCUGCGGAUUCCAGUCUCCCUUCGAGUAUCCUUUCCGUGCUAUCUGGUGCUGGGCGUGGAAAGCCCACAGUAACACCUCCUGUUUCAGAAAAACCUAAGGAAGAAAACCGGCAUCUAAGGGCGAGGAAAACUCCUCAAGCUGAAUCUAGCAAGCCUCCCAGCCCGAGAUUGAGCCGGGAGGAAGCAGUUAAAAAGGCAGUUGGGGUCCUGUCCAGAGGUGAUGAUGAUGGUGGGAGUGGAAGAGGGGCAAUGGCUCCACGGGGUGGACGCGGGUUCAGUGCACGAGGGAGAGGGGGAAGAAGAGGAGGAAGGGGAGGAGGGGGAAGAGGGGGAAGAGGAAGAAUGGGAAGGGGAGAAGGUAUACAGCAAGAUACUGGUGAUGCAUAUGGCGAUGUCUUUGAAGUUGGUGAUGAUGCUGCUGCUGAGAAAUUGGCUCAAAAGGUUGGUCCUGAAAUCGCGGAUCAAUUGGCUCAAGGCAUUGAAGAGAUGGGUCCUAGGGUAUUCCCAUCUCUGAUUGAGGAUGCUUAUCUCGAUGCACUUGAUACCAACCUAAAGAUUGAAUGUGAAGAAGAGUACAUGAUGGGAGAGUUUGACAUGAAUCCUGAUAUUGACGAGAAACCUCCAAUUCCUCUUCGUGAUGCUCUUGAGAAGAUGAAACCAUUCCUUAUGGUGUAUGAAGGAAUUGAAAGCCAAGAGGAGUGGGAGGAAGUCAUGAAAGAAACCAUGGAGGUGAGGCUCCCCAUUAUUAAAGAGAUAGUUGACCACUACAGUGGCCCUGACAGAGUUACAGCAAAGCAGCAGCACGAGGAGUUGAACAGAGUUGCAGCGACUCUUCCACAAAGUGCGCCCACUUCUGUGAAGCUGUUCACGGAGCGUGCUGUUCAGUCACUGCAGAGCAAUCCAAGUUGGGGAUUCCACAAAAAAUGCCAAUUCAUGGAUAAGCUUGUGUAUGAGGUUUCCAAGCAAUACAAGUGAACUCGCGAGAACACUCAUAACCUUACGAGUUCGUAAUUCUUAUAAAGAUCAUAAGGUGAACCUCCUCGGUUAGACAUGCCAAGACAAGUUUUGCAUUUUCUGGCAGAGUGGAUGCUGCUUCAUUUUUAUGUUAGCUCAAGCAAACACCAUAAGCUUUUUUUAUGUAGGUGUUUUGCAAAAUAAUUUAUCGUAUUGUUAUUAAUUUGUCAUACCUACUUAGUAAUGUUUUUUUGGCAACAAAACCUCAUUUUGUUUUUCAAUUUAACCAUCAAUUAUUGAUCUUUCUAGGGAGUCUUGAA